AUGGCAACAGUGAUUCAUCGUAGCGUUUCCGUUUACCCAGCGCGAGACGACGACGAUCAUCGGUCGUGGAACCAGUUUCUUACCGUGGGACCAGAUCUUGAUGAUCUCAUGGCUGAAGGUACAACCGACUCAAUGGGACAGUUUCUACUUUUCGGCCACACCUCGGAAAUUAUGACGAUCGAUCCAAAAUUGAACAUCUACCACGAUUGCGACGACUCAUUGACG